AUGAGAGUGUUUGCACCUGGUGGGUCCACAGCUCCCCAACUCAAGUAUAUGCACACAGGAUUAGGCAGACAUACUCUUGAUCAAGAAUCUGGCCUUAACUUUCAUCAGACCCCAUCCCUGAGUUCAAACUCGUACCCUGAUACUUCAGAUGGGAUGCCUUGGCCUUUUCAUAACUUGAUCGAAUUAGGUGUGAAACAUAAUUCUGUUGUUAAAAAGAUUAUUCCAUCCAGUGAGUUGUUGCAACUGCAAAAGCUGGAAAAGAUUCAUGUUGAGAGAUGUUCUAAGGUGGAUGUGGUAUUUGAAACUGCAUUGGAAGAAGCAGGGAGAAAUAAAAAUAGUAAUAGUAGUAGUGGACAUGGAAGUGGAAGUGGAAGUGGUUUUGAUGAAUCGUCACAAAUUACUACUACUACUCUUGUCAAUCUUCCAAACCUCAGAGAAAUGAAGUUAGAUGAUCUAGAUGGUCUGAGGUAUAUAUGGAAGAGCAAUCAGUGGACAGUAUUUCAGUUUCCAAACCUAACAAGAGUUCAUAUUUAUGACUGUAAAAGGUUAGAACAUGUAUUUACUAGUUCCAUGGUUGGUAGUCUAUUGCAACUCCAAGAGCUACACAUAUGGAACUGCAGUCAGAUGGAGGUCGUGAUUGUUAAGGAUGCAGAUGUUUCUGUAGAUGAAGACAUAGAGAAAGAAUCUGAUGGCAAGGAGAAUACGGAGAUACUUGUGUUACCUUGUCUAAAGUUCCUAGAACUUUACAACCUUAAAUGUCUCAAGGGUUUUAGCUUGGGGAAGGAGAAAUUUUCAUUCCCAUUAUUGGAUACUUUAAUAAUCAGAAGUUGCCCAACAAUAACAACUUUCACCAAGGGAAAUUCUGCUACUCCACAGCUAAAAGAAAUUGAAACAAGUUUUGGCUCGUUUUAUGCAGGGGAAGACAUCAAUUCUCUUAUAAAGAUCAAACAACAGGAUUUCAAAAAAGACUGAUUAAUGUGAAGUAAAUAUUGAAGGACUAUAUGUUGGGAAGAAUAUUCAAGGAAAGAAUUGUUCAUCAUAUGAAGGGCAUUAAAUUAAGAAGAACAUGGAUGCUAUGAAGAUGUUGGGAAAAUAUAUGAAUCAAAUAGCAAGCUACUCACUUAUCUAUGUUUGUUGGUUGAGG